AUGGUAACCAUUCGUGCAGAUGAAAUUAGUAAAAUUAUCCGUGAACGUAUUCAGCAAUAUAAUACCGAAGUAAAAAUUGUAAAUACAAGUACUGUACUUCAAGUAGGCGACGGCAUUGCUCGUAUUUAUGGUCUUGAUGAAGUAAUGGCAGGUGAAUUAGUCGAAUUUGAAGAGGGUACUGUAGGGAUUGCUUUGAAUUUGGAAUCCAAAAAUGUUGGUGUUGUAUUAAUGGGUGAUGGUUUGCUGAUACAAGAGGGAAGUUCGGUAAAAGCAACAGGAAUAAUUGCUCAGAUACCGGAAAUUGAUGUUUACCGGAAGAAGUUGGAGCUAGCUCGUGUUCUAGUGUUAAUGUUGAUGAUUCUAAUAUCAACUGCUCGUGUUCUAGUGUCAACGGAUUCAUUGACACCAAAUCUUAACCGUUGA